AGCAGGAUGCAGGGUAUACUGUCUGUGUGUGGACUGCAGCCCCUGCUGGCCCUCCUUCUGCUCCAAACUGUGGGCUGCGGCAUCACCAACGCAGACACUGUGGUGAAUAUGCGGAAGGUGACCCAUCAGACCAUUACUGAAGAGCUCUCUAAAACGGUUCUCCUGCCCUGCCUCUUCACUCUCCGCCCCAGUGCUGGUUCCUCCCACGAGCCCCCCAGGAUCAAGUGGACCAAGGUUUGGGGCCAGAGAGGCUCAGAUGGUCUGCAGAAGGAACAGUCCGUCCUGGUGGCCAAAGACAAUGUAGUGAAGGUGAAGAAAGCUUUUCAAGGUCGUGUAACGUUGCCUGGUUACAAUGAGAACCGCUACAAUGCCACUCUCGCUCUGAUGGGGCUACGUUCCAGUGACUCUGGACUGUACCGCUGUGAGGUUGUAGUGGGAAUCAAUGACGAACAGGACACAGUGCCUUUGGAGGUCAAAGGUGUGGUAUUUCAUUACCGGGCUCCUCACGACCGCUAUGCUCUGUCCUUCGCCGACGCCAAAAGGGUAUGUGUGGAGAAUUCAGCAGUCAUUGCAUCCCCGGGCCAGCUGCAGGCUACCUUCGCUGACGGCUACGACAACUGCGAUGCUGGAUGGCUGUCCGACCAGACUGUGCGGUACCCCAUCCAAGCUCCUCGGCCUGGUUGCUAUGGUGAUCGCGAAGACUCACCUGGAGUCCGUAACUACGGCAAUAGGUCCCCCGAUGAGCUUUUUGAUGUCUACUGCUUCACCAAGCAGCUUCAAGGUGACGUGUUCCACUCCGUCGUCUCAGAGAAGCUGAGUUUGGCCACAGCCUCCACUCACUGCCAUUCCCUUGGAGCCCAGCUGGCUACUGUGGGACAGCUCUACCUGGCCUGGCAGGCCGGUCUGGACCAGUGCGACCCCGGUUGGCUGGCAGACGGCAGUGUCCGCUACCCCAUUAAUGUCCCACGGAAAAACUGUGGCGGGGAUGAGCCCGGUGUGCGGACCGUCUACAACAACCCCAACCGAACCGGCUUCCCCGACACCACGGCGCUGUUCGACGCCUACUGUUAUCGAGCCCACCAGCCAGCAGGGGUCCAGGCUGCAGAGGCACAGGCUUUGUACCAGGCCACCAAUCCAGCGGCAGAAACCACUUCAUCCGUCACUGAGUCCCAACAAAGUGCCUCUUCUUCCAAGACUUCAACCUGGACCGGCUUGGUCAACUUGGAAAAAGCAGAGGUUCAUUCUAUUGCAAGAAUCAACAACUCCUCUGAGAUCUCCGAAGAGCAUGUAGUCAUCCACCUGAGGCCAGAGCAAGGUUGGGAUGAGAAACAGGAUGUUCCCAGAAGUAGCCAAGAGGAAUUUGACAAGCCAGAGAGCACCAACACACUGGGCCUUUCUGAUCUCGAAAGCCUUGAGAGCCAUGGAGGUUCUGCCCACGAGGUAGAAGAUGGCAGCUACUUUGGAUCUGACAGCCCUGCGUUCUCAUCUGUAGCAUCUUCAACUCCCCAGCCUCAGAGCAGCAACAGUGUGUUGGCUGAGUUUGUCAACACUCUGAUGAAGCCUUUUAGGUACUGGACUGGAGGCAAGGAGGUAGAAGAGACAGAGAAAGAACCAUCAGAGCCUGAGGAAAAAGCAGGGGAGAACCAGACGCAGGUAGAAGAAUCUAGUAGAAAUCUGAGUGUACCGAAAGCCAGCGCAAACAAGGGGAGCAUGGAUAAUGCCAUUGUGGACCAUAGAAGCAGCCCUUUUUCUUUCAAGCCUCUCAUGAGUGGACUACAGAAUCCAGAGGAAGGUCUGUCUGAGCAGGAGAAAGAGGUGAUGCCGCUUAUUAAAUUAAUGCCUGCAGUCCAAAACACAGGGCAAAGUGACAGCACCGCCCGGCCAGGAGAGCGAGCCUCCAGCGCUUCUGCCGACAGCCCAUCAUCUUCUACGAACGAAUUCAUUGGUCCCAGUGAGCGAUCACGGCCCGCUGAACAUGUCAACAUAUCCAGCCCACAGGGUCCCAGGGGAGGCCCAGCUUUUGCUCUGGGCCCCAGCAGCCCGUUUCGGUGGGCCAUCAAGUCAAUGCGUAACUCCAAACGGGGUCCCCCUGGAAAUGCGGCUGAUGUUGGGAAGCGUCCCACUUGGAAGCCCAUGGAAGCCAAAGCAGGACCCCUUGAAAUGAUGACACUGCCAACCUCCCGUCGCCAGGACAACCCAGAAAACUACUCAGGUGAAGGAAAGGACCAGGAGGAGGAAGGGGCUAACGCUCCACCCCCUGCCUCAGGGGAGGAAAGAGACAUAGAGGGGAGUGGCGAAGGGAGAAACUUUCCAGGUGGGUUUGGAUUUAAGGUCAGCACUGACAAUUUGGCCCGCAGUGGUGUCAAACUUAGUCCAGAAACAGAGACAUCAGCCAGUGAAGGCCAGAGUGAGCAGAUGACUGUGGCAGAACACACUACUCUGUCCCAGUGGCAGCUAGUGGAACAACCCAACACCCCGCCUCAGGGCUCCCAGGGGCCGCAGACAGCAGAGGAGGCAAGGGGAGAGAUCCUGUAUGUCCGCCGGCCCACUGAACUCCUCUCUGCCUCUUCACACAAAGGAGAAGGUGGUUCAAAUUCAGGCUUCGCUCCUGUUUUUAGGAAAAACCGUAAAGGUACAAGCCCAAACCCCCAGGCUGAAUCCAAGAUUGUGACUUCUACACCUGAAUCCUUGAUGAAGGUUCUCACAACUUCUGAUGCAACCAAAGCAGCACCUCUGACCACCACAGACACACAGAGCACAGACCCCACCACCACAGAAAACCCAUCUGAACACGUAUCCACCGAGGAGUCGUCGAUCUCCGUUUCUUGGGUUCGAUCAGAGGAGGAAAAAACCACAGCAGCGCCCAACCUGCAGGGCCGCCUCUCAGCCACUACAGGUGCCGUUCAGUUGACCACUGUGGCGUCAGAUUCCAGGUUUAGCGCCACAGAGAUGGAAUCCAGGUCUGCGGUGUCUGAGUCCUUCGUGGUUGGAAGUCGAUGGACACCUUUUAAAGGCGUGAGCCCAAAGGCGGAGGAGCAGAAAACCACAACAGACAGCAAAGAAAUCAACAACCCUUUUGGUUUUCUAGUCCCCAACUGGGCCUUUGGGCUGGUUCCAUCAGAGAACAACCCAUGUCAGACCAACCCUUGUCUCCAUGGAGGGAGCUGCCUGCAGGAAGGUGAUGGCUAUAGCUGCUACUGUCCUCAGGGCUUCUCUGGAGAGAGCUGCGAAAUCGACAUUGAUGACUGCCAGUCGAAUCCUUGCCAGAACGGAGGAACCUGCAUCGAUGAAAUCAACUCCUUUGUGUGUCUUUGUCUGCCCAGCUACAGCGGAGCUACUUGUGAAAAAGACACAGAAGGCUGCGAGCACACGUGGAGGAAGUUCCACGGCCACUGCUACAGGUACUUCAGUCGCAGACACACGUGGGAGGAUGCAGAGAAGGACUGCAGGGAGCACAGCGGCCAUCUGGCGAGCAUCCACAGCGCCGCCGAGCAGAAUUUCAUCAGAGGUCUAAGCCAUGAUAACACCUGGAUCGGGUUAAACGACCGCACAGUGGAGGACGACUUUCAAUGGACCGACAAGAUGGACCUGCAAUAUGAAAACUGGCGUGAAAACCAGCCAGACAACUUCUUUGCUGGAGGAGAAGACUGCGUAGUUAUGAUUGCUCAUGAGAAUGGCAAAUGGAACGACGUGCCCUGCAACUACAAUCUGCCCUACGUCUGCAAAAAGGGAACAGUGCUUUGCGGAGCUCCUCCCACAGUGGAAAAUGCCUACCUGAUUGGUCGGAAACGCUCCCACUACGACAUCCACUCCGUCGCACGCUACCAGUGCGCCGACGGCUUCCUGCAGCGUCACGUGCCUACUGCUAAGUGUCGCGCCAACGGCAAGUGGGACCGACCUAAAAUCAUCUGCAUAAAAUCCCGGCGAGCCCACCGCUACCGCCGCCACCACCACAAGGGCAGGAGGGAGCGCAGGAAGCACAAGAGGCAUGGCCACAGAGAGGGAGGCCACCACGGAGGAGAGGCGGGCCAGGGCCACGGCCACGCCCACUUCUGAACCAAAAACCACACCUCCUUCUCCUCUCCUGUCCUGCUGCAGUUUGCCUGUCUCCCUGUCAUUCCUCCUUUGCAACACUACUACUUGACAACUUUACCGGCCCCUCCCUCCUCCCUCCUUCCCUCCCUCUCUCCUCUCCUCUGCUCUUACCUGCACUGCACCACCCCACACUGCCCAGCUCCA